GGACCUUCCUUAGCAAUGUGAGAAGGGAAUCGCACAAGCAUACUGUGGAUUUUUUAUCUGUACAUACCACUUGAUUAUUGUCUGUCUUCUACUGAUCAACCCAAAAAGAAAGAUCAAACAAAAACUGUUGUCAGCUCUGCCCUAGAGCCGCCUGAAAUUUAUGACUCCUUUUGGAGAAACUACCUGGACUGUUAGAAAUGGAGCAGUUCAGGCUGUGUCUCUGAUCAGCAGAGCUCUCUGCGUGGAGUACAGACAUCAAGUUGCCUUAAGUCAAAGCAUAUGCAGGUUGCACUAAUUGUUGUAACUCUACUGCUGAUACCACUCCAGACUUCACUAGGACUUUCCAAGACAACAGUUUCUCACAUAGCUUGAAUGUUUGCAACUGAUGUUUGAAUAUUUCUAUUCGAUCUGGUGUGGCUGUGCAAAGUCAAAGGAGUUUACUUUUUCCUGCUAAAUUAAUAGUGAAUUUUGAAGCCUCCCUUCCAAGCGGGAUCUGUGCUAUGGCAGCAACCUACAGGCUUAUGGUCACAACUGUGAACUGCUACAGCAGCGUGGUGAUAGAACAGCACUUUCAGCACACAGUGCAUUACUGCCCGGGGACUUGCCAGGUGUUUAAGCAAGGAGUUGCAUGUAUAGUUGCCCACCACAGCGUGUGUGCAGAACUCAGUGUCCAAGAUGCCAACCUAGACCACAAAAUUCCGGUUUCUGAAAACGGACUUGCCUUGCCUGGAAAUGAGGACUAUCAGCAAAUACUCCUAAAUAAUCCAAGAAUCAAAAAGGGCUCUUCUGUGCAAGCUUCCGGCAGUUUAAAAGACAUUACUGGUGAGGCAAUAAAUCUCGCCAGUGGUAAAAUAAAGGAAUUCUCAUUUGAGAAGCUCAAAAACUCUUCCAAUCAUGUGGCCUACAGAAAGGGGAGGAAAGUUCGUUCAGAAUCAUUCAGCAGACGAUCAUUUGAUUUUGACAUGAUUUAUGGGCACUUCAGCAAUGAUGAGAACUCUCCUCCGUGUGGCUUUUUGCAGAGUCCCUCACCUGUGGAGAAGUGGCAGGAGAGCAACGAUGCUCCAGAAGUCAGUAUGAAUCCCAUGGUUCCCUUCUCACCCCAUUCCUUCUCUGACGAAAACUUCAUUACCCAGAUUUUGGAGAAGCACAAGCUGGAUGGUUCUUCUGGUGGAGAUAUUAAAGUGUGCUUAGACAUCUUGCUCAAGUGCUCAGAGGAUCUGAAAAAGUGCACUGACAUAAUAAAGCACUGCAUCAAAAAGAAAUCAGCAGGCAGUGUUAGCGGAGGGAGUAGCAGCGAUCCUCUGGCUAGUUCAGAAAUGAUAUACAUGAAUCUGAUGCGAAGAUUUUCUUCAUACCUGAAAAAGCUACCCUUUGAGUUCAAGCCACCCGGGCACAAGGAGGCAGGUGAUCUUGGAGAAUUAGUGAACUGUUUUCAUGGCUUGCAGCAAUCUCCCUUUUCCCCAAUAUUUGGAGAUGAGCAGCCACCUAGAUAUGAAGAUAUUAUUCAGCUUCCAUCCUCAAAUGCAGUUCCUGUCAGACCACCAGGUGACCAGUGUGAGGUGACAAGUGCCUCUCAGUCCAUCCAAACAAGCACUGUGAGCUUUACCUCAAACUCCCUUUGCAGCACCUCCCAGGAGAACAGUGUGAGAGCUGUGAAAGAUGCUUCUGUUCUACCUCAGUUACCAGCCACAAGCCCUUCAGACUGCACACCUUCCACUGAGGUUUUGUACAUCGAGGAAGAGUCAGAUGGGGAAAGAGUGUUAGAGAAAACAACGAGGGCAAAGGAGAAGGGGGACUGGGAGAGUUUAAAGCAUAGCUACCAGCUAUCUGGUUCUUCAGAUGUGAUUGCUGAUGUUAAAGCAGAACCUACCAGGAUAGGAGGUGAACUUUCUCACACUUCUGAGAAAAGUAAUCUUUUAAAACCAAUUUCAGAUUCUGUACUGCGUGGUUCUCAAGGUGGCGUCUCCAAAGGAGAACAGACGUGCAAGAUAGACAAGGAUGAAAUAGAUAAACUGCUGCUGGACUUGGAGCACUUCUCUCAGAAAAUGGAGAGUACUUUUAGGGAGCCCCCUCCAAAGGAGAGCGAACCUGCCUGUCUGCAGGUAUUUGGCUGGCAGGGUAGGCCGGUACUACCUGUGGCUCUUGAACCCAAAAGUAAACCCAAUGACCCCACUUCCCCUUUGUCAAAAAUCGUGGAAACCAAUGGUCAUAAAAUGGAAGAAGAUGACAGAGCCCUUUUACUGCGUAUCUUGGAAAGCAUCGAGGACUUUGCCCAGGAACUAGUGGAAUUCCAGACAGGCAAGGGAAGCUUGUCCAAGGAGAAAGAAGUGAUGCAAAUUCUUCAGGAAACAUUAUCAACUCCUUCACAGUCCCUCCUUGCAGGGCAAAAAAGCCAUGCUGGGGCUGCCUCCAGAGACUCUGUUCCAGCUCUGAUUCAGCAGGCACCAGAAGUAAUUAAGGUUCAAAGUAAGCAAGAGAAGAAACCUGGAACGUCAUCCCCAGUCCCUUUGAACUCAGUGGUUAGCCCUUGUGCUCUGCCUGUGAAUAAAGCCACCAGCAGUACCCCUUUGUCCGCAAACAUUCCACGUUUCUACUUCCCUAAAGGACUUCCAAACGUCUGCACUAAUCAUGAAGAGAUCAUUGCCAGGAUUGAAGCAGCCUUCACAGAGUUUGAAGAUGAGAAAGCCAACAUCUGUGAAAUGGGAAAAAUUGCAAAGAUAUGUGGCUGCCCACUCUACUGGAAAGCACCUAUGUUCAGUGCAUCAGGAGGACAAAGGACAGGAUGUGUAUCUGUGCACUCAUUUGUGUCUUUGUGGAGAAAGUGAGUAUAGAAAAUGCAAAGUUCUU